CCAAUGACAAACGUCAACAAAGCCAAUAUUUUUUUCACGCUACUUAAUUAUUUUUGUUUCUAUUGAAAUUGAAAUUGUUUAAUAAAUACAAUUAUUCUUCAAAAACCUAUUCGGUUUUUUUAAAUAAUAAUAAACAAAAGAGCAAAGAAAAUGAGUUCCGUAGAUUCUUGCAGAAUUUGUUUACUUCCAGACGAAAACUCUGUAAUGGAACCUCUUUUCAAAGAAUUCCCCGAAGAAAAUUUAAUAAUUGAAAAAAUUGAACUUUGCGGUGGCAUUAAAAUAGAAGUUCGGGAGGAUUUACCGAGGAAGAUCUGCGGACAGUGUUUAUUUUCCCUCAAUAUUUCCUAUAACUUUCGCAAUCUUUGUCAGACUAACGACUUGAAAUUGAAAGAUAUUUAUGUUACUGGAAAGGUAAAGAUAAAAGAUGAACCAGCAACAGAUCGCAAUUCAGUUUUGGAAAUUCAAGAUGCUACUCCAUUUAUGUCAGAACUUUCAAAUGAUUCUAGCGAUUAUGUCCCUUGUGGAGAUGACAUCAAAAACGAAGAAGCCGAAGAUGAUGACGAUGAAGAAGAAGAACCAGAAGACGAUAAAGAAUACAAACCAAUAAUUCAAAAUAAAAAGAAGAAAAAGAAAAUAGAUUCGCUUCCAUUUCCAGCACGACGAUUGGGACGGCGGCCGAAGAAAAAAGAAAUACAAAUUUGUGAAUUAUGUGGAAAUGUUUAUUCACGUCCCAGUCUUUUGGUUAUGCAUAUGCGAAGGCAUGCUGAUGUCAAACCAUUUAGCUGCGAAAUAUGCCAGAAAAGGUUUACCUGUCAAUCAGAAAUUAAUCGUCAUAUGAGAGUUCAUACCGGUGUACGUCCGUUUAAAUGUCAAUAUUGCGAUAGGAGAUUCAGUGAUCGCAGCACAAAUAUUAAACACGAACGUACUCAUACAAAUGAGCGUCCAUUCGAGUGUCUGACAUGCGGCAAAGCUUUCACUUAUUCAAAUGUCCUCAAAAACCAUAUGCUUACACAUACAGGCGAAAAACGUUUUAAAUGUGAAAUUUGCAACAAAACAUUCUCUCGUACCCAUCAAUUGAAGCAACAUCUCCUCACAAUAAUCCACCAACAAAAGGAAGCCCAAAUGAAUCUUUACACCAAAGUGGAAGUAAUAAGCAAUGACGAUGUCAUAACCAGUUAAAUUUAUAUACCUAAUCUAAUUAAUAGUAAUUUGAUAAUAAUUUGCGUUUGAUAACUCUAAAAAAGAAAAAUAAAAAAAAAAUAAAGUAUCGUGGAUAAAGCUA